AUGACUCUUACCGUGCCUGAAAACGUCAAUAUGGACUUGACUAUUCCUCAAGAUUCACAAAGAGUAUGGUGGAAGGAAGCUUCAAUCUACCAAAUUUAUCCUGCAUCUUUUUGCGACUCGAAUGGUGAUGGUAUUGGAGAUAUUCGUGGCAUAAUUACUAAGCUAGAUUAUCUGAAAACCCUGGGUGCAGAUGUUUUGUGGCUCUGCCCUGUAUAUAAAUCGCCUCAAGUGGAUAUGGGUUAUGAUAUUGCCGACUACCGAACCAUCCACCCACCAUACGGGACACUGGAAGAUGUUGAAAACCUCAUUAGUGGCCUGCAUCAGCGAGGAAUGAAACUAGUCAUGGACCUGGUAGUAAAUCACACGUCUGAUCAGCACGCGUGGUUUCAGGAGUCAAGGUCAUCUCUUGACAACAGUAAGAGAGACUGGUAUAUUUGGAGGAAGCCGAUUUUUGACGAACGAGGGAACAGACAUCCCCCUAACAACUGGGCGUCUAUUUUUGGCGGCAGUGCGUGGGCCUACGAUGGAACGACCGAAGAAUACUACCUGCGUCUGUUCUGCAAGGAGCAACCUGAUCUCAAUUGGGAGAACCCUGUAAUGGUCCAAGAGGUUCACGAUAUGAUGAGAUUCUGGUUGGACAAGGGUGUCGAUGGAUUCAGAAUGGAUGUGAUCAACCUCAUCAGUAAAACACCGGGGUUCCCAGAUGCCCCCAUGACCGUUCCAAAUCAGGAGUUUCAGCCUGCCUAUCAGUACUACGCCAACGGCCCUCGCCUUCAUGAAUUUCUACGAGGGUUCCGGAAAAUCUUGGACCACUACGACGCCUUUGCAGUCGGAGAGAUGCCCUGGGCUAAAGAUGAAGGAGAUGUUAUCAACUCAGUCGCUGCCAAAAGAAAGGAAUUGAAUAUGGUUUUUCAAUUCGACAUCGUUGAUAUGGAUAACGGCCCUGAAGGAAAGUUCUCUCCCAGAGCGUGGUCGCUUCAUACAUUGAAAGACAUCGUGGACAAGUGGCAGACAUGCAUGUACGAGAACAACGGCUGGAAUGCCUUAUUCUUGGAGAACCAUGAUCAAAGUCGUUCCGUCUCUCGAUUCAUUCCACACAAUUUGUCAAACCGGAAGCUCGCCGCAAAGUUACUUGCCACAUUCAUUGGCUUUCAGUCAGGCACUUUGUUUGUCUACCAAGGACAAGAGCUGGGAAUGUCCAAUCUGCCGAGGGAAUGGCCAAUUGAAGAAUACAAGGACGUGGAAACCCAAAGCUUUUAUCAACUCGCUCGAGAAAAACUGGCUGGCGAUAAGGUCGGCCUUGAGUCAUUUCUUGAUCAAGUUCGUCUCAAAGCAAGAGAUCAUGCCCGCUCGCCAGUUCAGUGGAACUCCAAAGAACAUGGCGGCUUUAGCACUGGUGUUCCCUGGAUGCGCGUUAAUGACGAUUACACACAGUGCAACGCCGAGCAGCAACUUUCAGAUCCUACCAGCGUCUUUUUCCAUUGGCGUCACGUUCUAGAGCUACGACGGCAGUAUUGGGGAGUAUUCAUUUAUGGCCGCUUUGAAAUAGUGGAUCGCGAACAUCCAGCCAUCUUCUGCUACAAUCGGAUUGGUAAGACCGCCAGCGCCACGGUCGUGGCGAAUUUCUCCCAAGAGGAACAGGAAUGGUCACCACCACAAGCAACAGUAGAUUCAUUGAGAAAUGGGACGAUCGUUUUGGCCAACUGCGGAAGACGGGAGGAGCUUCGAGGUCAUAGCUUGACUCUCAGGCCGUUUGAGUCUUUUGUUGUGCUUGAACAGGAAAGUGGUCAUCACCUUUAA